AUGGGAGCGAAAAUGGAGGAAACUGAUGAGAACGGCAUGACCGCACUGCAUUACGCGGUGACCAGAAAUAACUUGUCGGCUACCAAGCAGUUAAUUAUAGCCGGUGCGAACUUGGAGUGUGUCGACAACGAAAAAAUGACUCCUCUAUUUCUCGCAAUCCGUCUCAAUCACGUCGACAUGGUCAAAUAUCUUCUCAAGUGCAAGGCCAACGCUUUAUUCAGCGAUGACAAUAGAUGCAAUGUUUUCCAUCACGCCUGUCGGCACGGAGAUGUGAACAUCCUCCAGGACAUUUAUAAUCAUAUCAUCGAAAACCAUGGAGAGGGCAUUGUGCAUUACAUGUUAAACGCGAUGAACACUAAACAAGAACCUCCUUUGCACUGGGCGAUACUGAGGAAAGCAGUGGAUAUCACGAAGUUGUGCAUCGACUUGGGAGCCACAACAACAUUUCGCAAUUCGAAGGGCGAAACCGCUUUGCAUUUGGCUGCGCGCUCUGGAGUGGUGAGACUGGCAUCGCUGUUGAUCGAAUUCGGUAUCGAUGUAAACGCAAUGGACUCAGACGGACGCACACCCAUUUAUACGGCCAUUGAAAAUAAUCAAAACGCAAUGGUCAGUAUGUUAAUCCGAAAUGAAGCAAACCUUGAUCAUGAGGACUUUCAGCAAAUAACACCGCUGCUGCUGUCGGCCAAAUUAGGCCGCGAAUUAAGCUGUUCUUUGCUGUUGAGUAACGACGCCAGGGUCAAGGUGGAAGACAAACUUUGGAAGACUCCACUGAUGUUGGCCGUUGAGGGGCAAUUUCACUUGGUCGUUGAGUUGCUGCUUAAAACUGAAGAUGGACUCCAGCUUUUGGAAUGGGAGGACAUGUCGGAAGAGCGGCCCUUACAUGCAGCUGUUCGGACUGGGAAUAUACGUAUCACCUCACUUUUGUUGGAACACGGGGCAAACAUCAUGGCAAAAAAUGCACACGAACAGACUCCACUUCAUGUUGCCGCUAUUCAUGGACGUUUUAGUAUCGUGCGAAAAUUGUUGGACCAAACUCCGAUUGUGGCAUACGAAAGAGAUGAAGAUGGAAAUCUUGCCCUCCAUUUAGCCGCGAAGCAUGGAUACCCACAGGUGAUGAAAACGCUUCUUGAGCAGACAAUGCAAGUGAAUGAGAGAAAUGGUCAUGGUUGGACUCCGUUGGCAUUUGCAGCUGCUCACAACCAUCCAGAGUGUGUCAAAAUUUUGCUACAGGAGGGCGCUGAAGUGAAUUCAAAGGAAAAGUCGAAUAUGACUCCGUUGUUCCUGGCUUGUCGUGGGGGGCACGUCGACGUUGUUGGUAUUCUUUUAGAAGCUGGUGCAGACCCGGGGAUCCGUGUCAGUAGAGGACAUGCUCAUUUCGCCCUUUGGAAUUCUCUGGAUAUCGCCAUCCAUGGGCGCAAAACUCGACCGAGCGACACACAAAAUGUGCGCGAUGUGUGCCACUUUCUCCUCCGCAGCGGCAAGGUUGCUUACCAUCAUCACAUUGGAGUUUCCAAAUAUGGACUUCUCACGCUGUCGGCAGCAAACCUGAUUGUUGAGAUGGUACGGUUGAUUCGUUCCCACGUGAAAUAUCUGAAUUUGGAUAACCUCUUGGGACUGAGUAUAUAUUCGCUAGCUAUACUCACUGCAGUUGAUACCAACUGGUGCAUGCAAAAGACAGGCUUACGAGAGAUAUGGCAAUGGGGAUGCGGAACGACUGGACUCCUUCUCGCAUGGCUCAACCUACUUCUCUUCAUCCGCAAGGGACCAACUUUCGGAAUAUUUGUUAUAAUGUUUGUAGUUGUUAUGCUGACAUUCAUCAAGUUUUUCCUUGUGUUUUCACCUUUUCUUCUUGCAUUCGCAUUAUCUUUCCACGCUCUGCUGGCUAAUCAGAUUGCAUUUAGCGAUGUGAAAUACGCCUUGAUCAAAACAUUCACCAUGGUGGUCGGAGAAAUCGACGCAAAUUCGCUAAUAUUCGAGCGUGUGAACAACUCAGAGCUAGACAAACGAUUGUAUUACGAAGGCAUCACGUACGCCCUGUUCGUCGGAUUCAUCGCGCUCAUGUCGAUUGUAAUGAUGAACCUGCUUGUUGGUCUCGCUGUAGAUGACAUCAAAGGUGUGCAACGGAAGGCCACAUUCAUUCGUCAGAAAAUGGAAAUCUCUCUCCUCUUUUCGGCUGAAGCUUUACUCGCGCGGUUUGGUCGGUAUGUCAGAACUCCAAAACAGUACGUUUACAGGCCGAAUAACUCAACUUGUUUGCUCGACUGGUGGUUCCACAAGUCUUACAAGCAGUCAACGCGAACAAUGCUUGAAGUGGCAGAGUUAGAAAUUGAUCUUGUCAUUCUGGGAAAGCAAGCGAUUGACGAUGAUGCGGCACAAACAGGUCAGCUGCUUGCUUCAUUCCUGGGUUGGCCACAAGCCACGUUUGCAUCCAAGAUCACCAGGUCCGGUGAUUAUCUAGAGGUGGUUCGCGAAAUCGAUGGUGGACUGAAUACGGUGAAAAUCAAACUGCCUGCUGUGAUAACUACAGAUCUGCGAUUGAACCAACCACGCUAUGCAACUUUACCGAACAUAAUGAAGGCGAAAAAGAAACCCAUGGUUGUGAAAAAACUUUCCGACUUAGGCAUUGACUUGAUCUCACAUAUUGAGGUCCUCAAGGUUGAAGAUCCUCCAGUUCGCUCCCCUGGUCUCAUGGUGGAUUCAGUGGAUACUUUGAUCUCCAAGCUGAGAGAGAGAGGAGUAAUCAGCUGA